AUGGAGGCCCCAACUUGGAUUGCCUAUGCAGCAGCCUGCCUGUCUACCAUUGCACUUAUCCUCCUUGCCAAACAUCUCCGCCGGAGAAAGCUUCAUCUACCGCCCGGUCCUAAGCCAUGGUGCAUCAUCGGAAACUUGAACCUCAUCGGCACCCGCCCUCAUCGUUCCGUCCACGAUUUGUCGCUCAAAUACGGCCCCAUCAUGCAGCUCCAGUUUGGGUCCUUCCCGGUGGUGGUCGGCUCCUCGGACUUGCUCGCUGGUGGAACAGAGAACUCUACAGUGAUAGUGGAAUGGGCAAUUUCUGAGCUCCUAAAGAAGCCAGAGAUAUUCAAGAAGGCCACAGAUGAACUAGACCAUGUGAUCGGUCAAAAGAGGUGGGUAGAAGAGAAGGACAUGCCAAAUCUUCCAUACAUUCAGGCAAUAGUUAAAGAGACGAUGAGAUUACACCCUGUGGCGCCGAUGCUGGUGGCACACCUUUGCCGCGAGGACUGCAAGGUUGCUGGCUAUGACAUUCCGAAAGGCACUCAAGUCCUGGUGAGCGUUUGGACCAUCACAAGAGACCCGGUUUCAUGGGACAAUCCGAAUGAAUUCAUUCCUGAUAGAUUCAUUGGAAAGGACAUUGAUGUGAAAGGAUGUGAUUUUGAACUCUUACCAUUUGGUGUGGGAAGAAGAAUGUGUCUAGCCUAUAGUCUUGGCCUGAAAGUCAUUCAAGCUAGCUUGACUAAUUUCUUGCAUGGGUUUAAUUGGAAAUUACCAAAUGAUGUAACUCCAGAGAAUCUCAACAUGGAUGAGAACAUUGGACUUUCUACACGAAAGAAAAUCUCACUAACAACUGUCAUCGAGCCAAGGCUUCCGAUGCAUGUCUACUCUCACUAGCUUGUACUGAUUUAGGAUGUCUUCGAUCGGUUAUAUUUUGUGCAAGCGUUUGAGUGUUACUGUGUAACUUUUGAAGUUAAUAAAGAAAUUUCUGCCCUUUUACAU